AUGGUAAAACAAGAUUGCAGUUUUAUCCUCGUAGCCCUUGCUUCUCCAGAGAGAUGUGAGAAGCUCAAUUUCGGUAUGUUUUUUUGUUUAAAGACUGCUGAUGCCAAGACUGCAAAUUUGGAGCUUGGGAAACGGAAGAGGUUACAAGAACAUAUUGUGGGUUUUUACAAGACACUUUUCACUGAAGAAGAAAUUAUUAGGCCUGAUUUAGAAGGGAUUGAUUUUGAUUCCAUCACUGCUACAAAAGCUAUUAUCUUAGAUUCUGAUUUUAAUGAAGAUGAGGUCGUACGUGCCAUCAGGGACUUAGGAAAUGACAAAGCUCCGGGCCCAGACGGAUUUCCAAUUAUUUUCUUUCAGAAGUGUUGGCAUUUCAUCAAAGGAGAUUUUAUGGCUACGGUGAAUGAAUUUUGUACCACAGGUAAUAUUAAUUCUAAGCAUAAUUCUACUUUUAUUACUCUUAUACCGAAAAAGGAUCACAUCGAAACAAUCAAGGAUUGUAGACCUAUAUGUCUCCUUACUAGUGUUUACAAGAUCAUUGCCAAGGUGUUAUCCACGAGACUCAAACUUUUCACGGAUAAACUCAUAUCCCCGGUGCAAUGCGCGUAUAUCGAAGGCAGACAAAUUAUCGAUGGUACCCUAAUAGCCAACGAGUUGGUAGAUUCUAGACUAAGGUCUGGAAAUGCUGGAAUUUUAUGCAAAAUUGAUCUGGAGAAGGCGUUUGAUAGAAUAAAUUGGAAUUAUCUUGAAUUUGUGCUUAUUCAAAUGGGGUUUACCUCAAAAUGGCGCAACUGGUUGAGGUUCUGUUAUGCUACUUCAUCAUUUUCAGUUUUAAUUAAUGGAUCUUCUUUUGGUUACUUCACAAGUUUAAAGGUAAACGCUGCCAAGACAAGGCUUAUUUCUGUUGGAGAAGUCCCAAACUUAGCCUUGUGGGCUGAGGAAUUCGGUUGUGCAAUAGACUGUUUACCUUUCCAGUAUUUGGGAAUGUCGUUAGGUGCUAAGUCCAGUUCGAAGAGAAUUUGGGACCUAAUUAUAGAGAAAUUCGACGCCAGAUUAUCCGUCUGGAGACGUAUUUCUUUAUCAAAGGGAGGUAAGCUCGUUCUUAUCAAAUGCAUCUUGUCAUCUCUUCCAACAUAUUAUUUUUCAUUGUUCAAAGCACCAAUUUCUGUUAUUAAAAUACUCGAAAAGAAGAUGCGCAAUUUCUUAUGGGAAUAUAAAGAUGGAGUAAAGACUUCUCAUUUGGUUAACUGGAAUUUAGUAUGCGCUACUAAAGAAAAAGGCGGCCUAGGUGUGUGUAACCUGAGAUUAAUGAAUUUAUCUUUGCUUGCAAAAUGGUGUUGGAGGUUUGGUGUCGAAAAGAGAAAGCUAUGGUACAAGAUAAUAGAGGAGAAAUAUGGCUCAGAGUUUUCUUAUUGGAAUCCCGGUAAAAUUGCUACAACAUAUGGUAUCUCUUGUUGGCGAGCCAUUGCGGAAACUGCUAAUCUUGUGAGUGCCAAUUCUACCUUAUACUUACAUUCAAGUAGUUUAAUUUCUUUUUGGAAUGACAUUUGGUGUGGAGAUUUGUCAUUAGCAAAAGCACAUCCUAAUCUUUAUAAGCUUACCCGGGAUAAACAUAUAACAGUUGCUGCAAUGAUAUCUUUAGAAGGUGGUUGGAAGUUUGAUUUUAGGCGUGUUCUUUCAAAUACAAAGGUGGUGGAAUUUGCUACACUACUUACCACUAUAGGGGACAAUCCACCUACUCAAGAUGAUCUGACGGAUACUCGCAGAUGGAAACUUAACCACACGGGAGUUUUUACUGUGAAAUCACUAUAUGCUAAAUUAGUGGCAGAAGAUGGAGUUAAUCACUUUCCUUAUUCGUUCAUUUGGAAGACGACAAUACCACCAAAGAUUAAUAUCUUAAUGUGGUGUUUGAUUCACGGUAAACUGAAUACAAUUGAUAUCUUGUAA